AUGAUUCGUUGCCCUCAUAUUUUUCAGAAGACCGUUAUUUUCCGAUCCCUCGCUUCUACAGCACGCCGGUGUCAUGAGUUCCCCAAAUUUACGGCUGCAUCUGACGAUGAGAUGUCUCAUUUCAACGCCUUGGCUUCUUCAUGGUGGGAUGUUGACGGACCUCAGCGCAUACUUCACAAGAUGAAUCUUCUCCGAAUGGAUUACAUCAAUGAGAUGGUUCGGACACAUUUGAAACUUAAUGAGGGUGUGGAAUCCGAAGACGAGGAAACUUUCAUCCCCGCAUUCAAUGUGGACUUGCUUCCCGGUCCCAUCAAAAGCACGAUUAUCGAGGAGCAGGAGAAGAAAAGAGACGAGAUUUUGGAAAAAAAUAAGCUUAAUGUUUUAGAUGUUGGUUGUGGAGGAGGAAUUUUGUCUGAGUCAUUAGCUAGACUUAGAUUUGUGAAGUCUGUGAGAGGCAUUGACUUGUCUUCGGAUGUUCUAGAGGCUGCGCGUGUUCAUAAGUCUAAGGACCCAGUACUAAACCUGAAAUUGAGCUAUGAGCUUAAAGCAGUGGAGGAUUUACCCAGAGAUGAGAAAUAUGAUAUCGUUACUGUCUUUGAAAUGCUCGAGCAUGUUCAAUAUCCAUCCAAAGUUUUGGCCGAAGUAUUUGACAGAGUUGAAGUUGGUGGUUGGGUUUUCUUAUCCACAAUCAACAGGGACUUGAUUAGUUGGUUCACGACAAUCUUUAUGGGCGAACAUCUUUUAAGAAUUGUUCCCGUUGGAACACAUACACUUGAAAAAUAUAUUAAUGAGCAGGAAAUACGCCAAUGGAUAAAGAAAAGCGAUUAUGCUCAAUCUUUCACGGUUGCUGAUUCAAGAGGUUGUAUUUACGUCCCCGGAUGUGGGUGGAGUUUUACAGAAUGCCCCCAAAUUGGCAACUACUUCAUGGCUAUUCAGAGAACUAGCUGA